AUGAAAGUCAUAACGGCCAACUUCGUGACAUGCGCGGUGAAGGAGUGCAAGACCACGCAGACGUCGUUUCCGCUACACUUUCACGACGCCGAGCUGGAGCAGCAGGAGCUGGACUUCCAGCCGGAAUUUAUUCGCAAUAUCCUUCCUCGCGUUGACUGGGAGGCGCUGCGGGUUACCGCCACUGAGCUCGGAUUCCCCAGUAUUCCCGACUCCAAACCCGAAGGCGAGGCACUCGACAAUGAGCAGACCCUGAGAGACUUGCAUCGCCUGCUUCUGGAGACGCAUGUCGUCGAGGGUAAAUUGGUCUGCGGGAAUUGCGGACACCAGUAUAUGAUCAAGGAGGGCAUUGCCAACUUUCUCCUUCCCAGCCAUCUGGUCUAA